GUUGUGUCUCAACUCCCCUUCUCCUUCUGCUUCUCCGGCCUCUGGGUUGGUCAGAUACCCAGGUAGUCGUAUCAUUGUUUACACCAGACAUCAGACACAGACACCAAUACCAACCUUAAUUAGUCAUUAAGAUCCGGAGAUAAAUCAUAUCAAGUCAAGUCGAAUCAGAUCAAAUCGACUUCAAACUCAUCUCAUCAUAUCGAACCAAGUUAACAACAAGAGAUCAACCAUCUAACCAUGUCUUCCCAUCCCCACAGUUCGCUUGGGCUGGAGAUGCUGCAGACUAUCCUUGGAGACCCUGUCACUGACCCCGAGGAAGAAUCUUUUCUCAUCUUCUCGCAAGCCAUACCAUCUCAGUCUCUAGGCUUCGUCGACUCCAAGGCUCCCACCAUCCAAGUCUCAGUCGCUGGUCGCGACUUGGAAAUACGCCAAUCACGAGGUCUGCUGACCUCGGACAGAAGUGGAGGGACCACCGGGGCUGUCGUCUGGAAAGUAACGCCGCUCUUUGCGGAGUGGAUUGCUUCCCCCAACUUCCUGUUCGACGCCGGCUACCUGGACUCAGCCUCUACUGCCCUUGAACUUGGCGCUGGCGUCUCGGGCAUCGUCGCGCUGACACUGUCCUCCAAGAUCAAACGAUACAUUGCCACGGAUCAGGAUUAUGUGAUCAAGAUCCUGAAGCAAAACAUACUGGAUAAUCUACCGGUCGCACCCUCGGAUUCAAAGGGCUCCCAGAAGAGGGCAAGGCCCAGGACCAAGACCCCCCAGGCCAAACAACAGACUUCAUCACCAAGAGUCGAUACGCUCGAGUUGGACUGGGAAAUGGACUCUAUGUCAUCGUUGCCACACCUCCUGGGCGAGCAAGACAAUCGCCUGGACUUGGUCAUUGCCUGCGAUUGCAUCUACAACGAGGCCUUGAUUGAACCGUUCAAUAGUACCUGCGCACAGCUUUGUCGACUUGGAUCCGAUAUGAACCCGGACAAACCCACUCUCUGUGUGGUUGCUCAACAGCUGAGGUCGCCUGACGUGUUCGAAUCGUGGGCCACGAAUUUUCAUUCAUUAUUCCACGUGUGGCGUGUCCCAGACAAGUUGCUGACGCCGCCACUGAGGGAGGACACGGGUUUCGUUGUUCACAUAGGUCUUUUGCGCUGACAUUCUGCUACCCGGAAGUCCUGUGAUACUUUACGCCAGACAUUGUCGGGCGACUUGCAGUAUCAGGAACCCAGUUCACGAUCUGAUAGGGAAUAUGCAACAAGGGAUCCAUUGUUUCGGACGCAUGCCCUAUUAUGACAAGACUAUCUACAGAUUCCAUAAUCC